UUACAAAUAUUCAAUGGGAGUUUUUUCCAACUUCUUCUUCCUCUUGCCGACAACUGCGAAAUCGGCGUCACUGAAUACGCUCUCAUCCUUCUUAUUUUUCUCCUUUCUAGGCUCGCGAAGUCCUGAUAAAAACUGCUAG